AUGGCAUCCUUGACGCAUGAUCAGUACACAAUCGCGUGGAUAUGCGCCUUGCCGUUGGAGAUGGCAGCGGCUUGCGCUAUGCUGACCAAGGCUCACACUCCCCUGCCGAAAGCCUCCACAGAUCCAAAUGCCUAUGAACUUGGCGAAUUGAACGGCCAUUUUAUCGUCAUCGCCUGCCUACCAGCUGGCGUAUACGGAAAGGUGUCUGCCGCAAACGUCGUAUCCCGCAUGCGUUCAACCUUUCCAAAGCUUCAAUUCGGACUGAUGGUGGGAAUUGGGGGCGGGGUCCCGGGUAGGGGCAAUGAUAUUCGAUUAGGCGAUGUGGUGGUCAGUAAACCGGUUGGAAGAUAUAGUGGGGUGAUACAGUAUGAUUAUGGCAAGGCAGUUCAAGGUGGACAGCUAGAGCCAACAGGCUCCUUAAACAAACCACCACAGACUCUUUUGACACAGAUAAGUCGACUCGAGGCAAAGCAGAUGACUGGGGAUAGGGACGACGUUCCCAAGAUAGUGUCGGAAGUUUUGGAACGGAAUCCCGAGAUGAAUCGAAAAUUUUCAACUCCAGAACAAGAGACAGAUUUUCUUUUUCAUUCGUCCUAUCAUCAUGGCGACCAAGGAGAUACCUGUGAAAAGUGUGACAAGGAGCAAUUGGUCAAACAACAACGGCGAGAUACCAGGGCCCCAUUCAUCCACUACGGGUUGAUUGCGUCGGGCGAUCAGGUAAUGAAAGACUCGGAAACACGGGAUCGUCUAGCUCAACGACAUGGGAUACUCUGUUUUGAGAUGGAAGCCGCAGGCAUCAUGGACGAUCUUCCGACGCUUGUGAUCCGAGGAAUCUGCGACUAUUGUGACUCGCAUAAGCAAAAAGAGUGGCAAGGAUACGCAGCUUUGACAGCAGCGGCCUAUGCAAAAUCGCUUUUGUCUGUCGUACCUGCUUACUAUAUAGAAUCUGAGUCGCUGAAGAGCAAUAAAGAACGACACUGGGUGGUCUCGCUGGAUAGGAAUCCAAGAUUUGUUGGUCGCCAGGCCGAAAUCAUCGAGCUAGAAGAGCUAAUUACAAUGCCAAAUGGGCCCAAGAGGAUUGCAAUCACCGGCUUGGGAGGGAUUGGAAAGACACAAGUGGCCCUAGAGGUGGCACACCGCAUACGGGACCGAGACAAGGAAUGCUCGGUUUUCUGGGUUCCAUGUACAAGUCAUGCGAUGAUUGAACAGACGUUUCUGAAUAUUGUACAGACACUCGGAUUUCAUGACGUGAAGCCAGCAGAAGUCAAAGAAAAGAUUAAAAUAUACCUCAGCUCUGAGCGUGCAGGAAAAUGGCUUCUAAUUUUUGAUAAUGCGGAUGAUAGAGAGAUGUGGCUCGCAAAUAAUGAUGCAACCGCAGCUCUCGAGGAUAUCCUCCCUCAGAGUGACCAAGGUCGUAUUUUAUUCACUACCCGCAAUGGAGAACUUGCGGUUGACCUGACAGCAUCCAAUAUGAUUACUCUUCCCGAUGUGGAUAAAGAAACUGCAUCGGACAUCCUGGAGAGUUUACUGUUACAAAAAGACCUGCUCGAUGACCCUGUUACAACAAGUACUCUCCUAGAACAGCUGGCAUUCCUUCCAUUAGCAAUCGCGCAAGCGUCGGCAUAUAUAAACAAAAAGCGCCUAAGUCUAUCUGCAUACUUGAUGCUUUUUCAAGAGAAGGAACAAGACUCUGUCGAGCUCCUUAGUGAAGACUUUAGGGACCCAGGGCGCUAUAGGGAUAUCCGGAACCCCGUGAUCACCACCUGGUUAAUAUCGUUUCAGCAGAUUCAAGAUCAAGAUCAACUGGCAGCUGAUUAUCUAUCUUUCAUGUCCUGUAUCGAUCCACGAAAUAUUCCUCACUCUCUUCUUCCUCCCCAAGAAUCUAGGAAACGAACCCUUGACGCCUUAGGACUCCUAAAUGCAUACUCAUUCACCAAUAGCCAAGACUUGAAUAUAAGUAUGCAUAGACUUGUGCAUAUUGCAACCCGGAACUGGCUUAGAAAGAAUGGACGAUUUGGGUACUGGAUCCAAAGAGUGUCAGAUCGUAUGCAAACAAUGUUUCCAGAUGCUGACUAUACCAAUCGAGCACUUUGGCGAGAAUACCUCCCUCAUGCAUUGACACUGGUGCAUGAUAGUGAAUUAAUUGUACAACAGGAACAAUAUAUCGAGUUGAUUGUAAAGAUUGCAAAUUGCCUUGAUAGUGAUGCAAGAUAUCACGAAGCGGAGGUACUAUAUAGAACGGUGAUGAGGAUUUGUCAAGACAGAGAUGUUCCAGAGCACGUGACUCUGACCACCUUGAUGAUCAUAUCAUCGAUCUACAGGAGUCAGGGACGAUGGAAUGAAGCAGAGGAAUUGGGUGUCCAAGUUAUAGACAGAAGCAAAGCAGUUCUAGGGGAAGAACACCCUGAUACUCUCACCAGCAUGUUAACCCUAGCAAAAGUCUACAGGGAUCAGGGACGAUGGAAUAAAGCAGAGGAAUUGGGUGUCCAAGUUAUAGACAGAAGCAAAGCAGUUCUAGGGGAAAAACACCCUGAUACUCUCACCAGCAUGUUAACCCUAGCAAAAGUCUACAGGGAUCAGGGACGAUGGAAUAAAGCAGAGGAAAUAGAGGUCCAAGUUGUGGAGGCAAGAACGGCAGCCCUAGGGGCUGAGCAUCCCAGUACUCUAACCAGCAUGUCGAACUUAGCAUUAAUCUACCAAAGUCAGGGACGAUGGAAUGAAGCAGAGAAAAUAGAGAUCCAAGCCAUGGAGGCAGGAAUGGCAGCCCUAGGGGCGGAGUACCCUGAUACUGUUGCGCGCAUGUCGAACUUAGCAUUAAUCUACCACAAUCAGGGACGAUGGAACAAAGCAGAGGAAUUAGUGGUCCAAGUUAUAGAGAAAAGAACGGCAGUCUUAGGGACAGAGCAUCCUGAUACUCUAACCAGCAUGUCGAACCUAGCAUCAAUCUACCACAAUCAGGGACGAUGGAACGAAGCAGAGGAAUUAGGGGUCGAAGUUAUAGAGAAAAGAACGGCAGUCUUAGGGCUGGAGCACCCUGAUACUCUUACCGGCAUGUCGAACCUAGCAUCAAUCUACCACAAUCAGGGACGGUGGAACGAAGCAGAGAAAUUAGACGUCCAAGUUAUUGAGGGAAGAAGAGCAGCUUUAGGGACAGAGCAUCCCGAUACUCUAACCAGCAUGGCAGACUUAGCCUACACCUGGAAAUCUCAGGGGAAACCUCAGGAUGCAUUGUCUCAAAUGGAAAAAUGUUUAGAGUUGUGCAGGAAGGUAUUAGGGCCUACUAACCCGCAUACCAGAGCCUUCGAUAAUGUUAUUUGCGAGUGGAGGGAUGAGUAUAGUUCAUCCUCAAGCCGUACACCCCCAGCAGCCCCCAUUGGCAUAGAACUCUCGCAACGUCUGCAAGAAAUUUUACCGGGGUCUGUGGCAGCUGUAAUGGCCUCUCAGCUAGCCCGUGGAAAGCACCUCAACCUAUUUCGCACCCAGGGACUAUCAGCCGCAGGUCUAUUCACUGGAAACCACCUCCUUCUCACAGCUUCCAAAACAUCCUCACCCACACUGGAAGGUCGAGACCUACAAGAGGUUGAUUAA